AUGAAAAUAAUGAAAAUAUAGUAAUUGCAAAAAGAGUUAGAAGCAUUUCAAAAAUAGCUAAAAUAAGCACUUCCAACAAUAAUUAAUAGAGUAACCUAGGAUAUAGGAUAAAUGCUUUAUUUUGAGAAAUUGUUUAAAGAUUAAAAGCCUAGUUCAGUUUAAUAAUUAUAUUUUUAAAGUCUUCUUCGAUUAGAUCCUCAUAUAGCGAGAUAAUAACCAUAAUUAGAUGAACCAAUUUAGAGUAUUAAUGAGUUAAUACAUUUGUAUUUUGAAUAACAAAUUGAAAAAUUGUAGGAAAUGGUAUUAAUUGAGAAAGAAGUAAAAAUGAUGAAAGAAUUGGAAGAAUUAUAAGUAAGUUAAGAGAGUACAUAAAUUUAAAAUGCUUCAAUAGAAAUGGAAUAAUAAAAAGGUAUGGAGAUUGAAAAAUAAAAUAUGGAAGAAGUAUGUAAUAAAAUAAAAAGGAAAUAUUACAGAUAAACAUAAACACCAAAUUGUGAUUAUUGUUUUUGUGGAAAUUAACUACAUUAUAAAUAGAUAGUAAAAUGUCAUUUGUGUGAAAAACAUUUUCAUGUGAAUUGUUUAGAUAAAAGUUAUGAUGAAAGAUAUGUUAAGAAUUUUACAUGUCCAAGAUGUACUUUAUAUCAUAUGGAUUAAUUUUGUGAAAUAAUAUCAGUAAUAAUAGAACCAUUUUCAUUUAAGAAAACUGGUUUAACAAGCACAAAAACUGUUAAAUUUAAAUCAGAUACAAAUAAGAUAGAUGUUAGAUGUAUUAGAAUGGAUUGUCCAUUAUCAGCAGAAGAAAUAACAUGGCCAGAUUUAGGAGAAUUACAUAUAAAUAAUAAAAAAGUAGCUGAAUUUAUUCCUUUGGCUUAAUAGAGUUGUUAACAUAAACGUAAAGAUGAGAAAUUAAUAUGUACAAUUCCAUAAAAUGAAGAAUGUUCAUUAAUGAUAAAAGAAACCAUUCCAGGUAUGGAAUAGAAACGAAAAUAUAGAAUUUUAGGUGAAUAAUUACAUUAUGUUGCUGCUUAUAAGACUAAACAAUAUUCAGCUAAACAAUUGAUUGAAAAGAUUAUAUCAUGUGGUGAAAAUUGGAUGAGUGUAGAAUAAGCUUAAGAUUUUAUUAUACUUUAGAUGAAUUACAUAUCAUCUACAGGUAUUAAAUAAAUUAAAUAAACUAUUUCUUUAUUGUGUUGUUUGUGUUCUACAUUAAUGGUUACUCCUGUUAGAGGAAUCUAUUGCAAUCAUAUUUAAUGUUUCUCAUUAGAAAACUAUUUAUUGAUGCUUGAAUUGUCUAAUCCAAGAAAAUGGAGAUGUCCCAUUUGUAAAGCUAAAUUAUUCAAAUUGUAAAUUGAUGCUUUAUAAUAUACUAUCUUGUAAACUAUUAGAUAAUACAAUUUAUCAGAAAAAUACACUGAAAUUUCAUUUGAUCAUAUGGGAAAUAUUUUAGAUGAUCUCAUUUCUAAAUAUCUAGAUUUUCAUAUUUUACCAGAACAUGCUAAAAUUACCAAAAAUAGAAUAUUACAAUUAGAAACAUUAAGCAAUUAAAGAAAAGAAAUCGAUAAUGAAAUUGAUGAAUCUGAACAACAAAUUAAUAGAUCUGUAAAUCCUAAUUCAAUUGUUAUAGAAUGAAUAUUCAAUUAUAAUUAUAUAAUAAAUUAUAAAAUAAUAUUAUUUCCAUGUUAAUCCUAAUUUCAUAUACUUUUUUUUUGAAUUCAGAUUUUUAAUUCAGAAGUAUAACAGAUGUUUUGGAAUUCAAUAUGUUCAAUCUAAAUUAUUAAUAUUAACUCAAAAAUAAUAGAUGUAUAAAUAAAAGAGAUUAAAUACAAGAUAAUAAUUAAGAAAUAACUCAAUUACAAUAUUUAACUUAAAGAGAGAGAUUAGAAUCUAAGAAAGAAGUCUUAAAAAUUAGAACAAAAGUUAUUAGAUAUUAAUGUUCUAAUUGAAUAUUCUGAAAAUUCUUUUGCCACAAUUUUCUCAAUAUCUAAUUCUAAAAAAGGUGAACUUUUUGAGAAUAUUGAAUUUGAGAGCUAUAAUUAAUAUAGUAGUUAGAAAUAUGAUAUGUUUAUUAGAUUAACUAAUUUUUGAAGAUGAAGAGAGUAGUUUAAAUAUUGAAUUUAUUCCAAAGAAACAAAGACCAAAUAAAUCAUUAAGUUAAACUAUAACAUCUAUCUCUAAUUUAAAAUUAAUUUGUGUCAAUAUUUUGUAUUUUAGUUUAAUGA